GUCAGACUUUAAAAUACCGACUUCAUGUAGUUGGAUUUUAUUGACUUAUCUAGCAGUCGGCAUAUACAGUCCAGACAAAUCAACCAGAAAGAGGUCAAAAUAUGCAAAAAUAGUCCUGACAUUCGAAUGUCCGGGUCACGUACAAUACGAAACAAAGUCAUAACAAUUCUUCAACAUCAAGUGGAGAAGUGAGUCUAUUCAUUUAAAUACUGUUCAAGGCUCAUAUAUAGAAACAUAGAGAGAGAAAACUAUUAUAUUAAAACUUUAGCGGAGACAUCUCUCAUGACACUUAUUAUGGGUUUUAUCAUACACAUCAACUUACUUUGAGGAUUGAUAGAAUUUCAGAAUUGGAUGUGACGUUACGUUUCUAUUCAAAACAGAAAUAUCAACUCUGGUUACAGCAAAAGAAAUGAAAUUCAAGAAUUCUGUGUUCUCUGAUUUGAACUAUUAAACUGAAAUGAGUUUGAGAGGAUCUCUUAGUUACCUUUGGGACAUAACAAAACCGUUGGGCCAGGGUGCAACUAGCAUGGUGUACAAAGGAAGAAAUAAAAGCACAGGAGAAGAGGUUGCAGUGAAGGUCUUCAGCCAAGCUGGACACAUGCGACCUCACGAUGUCCAGAUGCGAGAAUUUGAGGUGAUGACCAAACUCAAACAUAAGAAUAUUGUACCCAUGCUGGCAAUUGAAGACGAGCAAUCAACAAGAAAUAAAGUAAUCAUUAUGCAGUUAACAGAACAUGGCUCCCUGUUCAACAUGUUAGAAGAUCCAAAAAAUGCUUACGGACUUCCAGAGGAAGAGUUCUUGAUUGUAUUUGAACAUGUCACUGCUGGAAUGAAAUACAUGAGGGACAGUGGUAUUGUACACAGGGACAUAAAACCUGGCAAUAUUCUCAGAUACAUAGGCGAGGAUGGAAGAUCUAUAUAUAAACUAACAGAUUUUGGUGCUGCUAAACAGCUCGACCAUGAAGAAGAACAAUUUAUGUCAUUAUAUGGAACCGAAGAAUACCUGCAUCCUGACAUGUACGAGAGAGCUGUAUUACGGAACCCUAAUCGGAGACAGUUUACUGCUACUGUAGAUUUAUGGAGUAUGGGUGUUACCUUCUUUCAUGUUGCAACAGGCCAAUUACCUUUUAAACCAUAUGGUGGAAGGAGAAACAGACAGAAAAUGUUUGAAAUUACUCGACAUAAAGAAAGUGGAGUAAUUAUGGGAGUCCAGCAUUCAGAUGGUGGAAAUAUAGAAUGGAGUAAAGAAUUACCAAAAACUUGCAGGUUGUCCGAUGGAUUAAAGAUUUUGAUAACACCAAUAUUUGCUCGUCUAUUGGAAUCUGACCCAAGUAAAGUGUGGAAUUUUGACGCUUGUUUUAAAGAAAUUGACUCUAUAGUGAAAAAGAAAGUGAUACAUGUAUUCUGUCCACACACAUGGAAUAGUCUCAAAGUGUAUAUUAAAAGUGAAAACAAUUUAACAACGCUUCAAGAGCUGAUAGCAGAACAGACAGAAAUAUUUGCUCCUAGUCAGUUACUGAUCUUUGAUGGUCAACAAUUAAAGGAUCAUGUUCAGGCAAUGUUACCCAUAUCAAGUUAUCCAAAGGGAAUCACAGAAACAAACCCAAUUUUUGUUUACACUAAACACAUGGAUGAUUUUUCAAGAUUCCCUGUACCAAACAUAAAGGACUUUCCGAGGUUCACAUCAAGUUUAACUACAGACGACUAUGCUAUAGCCAAGAUGUGUUCUGCAAUAAGUUGUUAUAUUCUAAAGGAAGUUGAGUUAUACUCUAUGAAACAAGAACUUGUCAGACGGGCAGUGCACAUGUAUAUCCACGAUCUGUAUCAUGAACUUGGACAUUUAGUGGACUAUCAUACUUUUUUGGAAAGGAAUUGUGACAGUAUUAUGAAGUGGAAAGAUAAUUUUUUACGAACAUUCAAAAGGGAGUUAACCAUGGUCGGAGUUUUAGUGAAAAGUUCAGACAUUCAAUUAAAUCAUAUUUUAACAGAUCUUGAAGCUUUUCAUGAACAGAGUGAAAUGAAUAUUGGAGAACUCUCUUCACAGAUAUCGGCACUUGGCAAUGAGGUAGUUUCACACCUUGUUGAUCUCAAAGAUCAAGAGUUACAGAAAAAGGUUCUGAAGAAGCAGUGGAAUGAUAGUGUUGGAUGUAUAUCAGAAGAUAGAUGUGUUGCAAAAGUUGAAGUGGUGCUGGAACAAAUAUUGAAAAUCAAGUUACAGUUUUCAGAAGACAGAAAGCGUCCUAACCUCUCUUUUAAUGAAGAACAGAUUCAUAAAUAUGAGAAGAAUAGACUUAGUGAGAACUGUACAAAGAUCAAGUCUUUAUUCUUUGAUCACUGUCUUGCUGGAGCAAAAGAUCAGUUUACUCGCUAUCACUCAUGGUUCAGUCUGGGUUAUGAUGUCAGACAGAGAUGCGAAAUAUUAGAGAAAAAGUUGCUGAAUCUUGCAGAUAGAUCCGAAGGAUUUGUUGACAAACUAAAUGCUCUUUGCCUUCAAUACAAUGAUGAAUUAAAGCUGAAAGUUCAGAGGGUUCAAGAGACAAUUAGUGAUAGAGAUUUUAUCUCCUUGGCAACACCUGGACAAGGGAUUGCCAGUAGCUUAACAGAGAGCAUGGCUGCUAGUGGUUCUUCUAAAGAUGAGAAUAAAAAAAUAAGAAGACAAAUGAUACAGACAGAAGGGAUUUCUAGUAGCUUUACAGAGAGUGAGUUGAUCGGUGCCUAUAAGGGUGAAAAUAAGAAGAGAAGACCUCAACUCAUUCAAGGGAUAUUGUUAAGUUUGGAAGAUCACCAAAAAACUGUAAUGGACAUGAAAAGAGAGCUGGAAAAAAAUAAUUCUUUAUUACAUAGUUUCAGCAAGGAACUGAGUAUUGGACAAACUUAUCCAGAUGUUCCUUUAAACUACCAAGGCCCAGUGUCAGGAAAUACGCAUUUUUAGAUGCCCCAAUGAGAACUGAAUGCAAAAUGUAUGUUCCUUUGUGGAAGUUGUACAUUACAAACAAAUAUGUUAACAUGUUACUCGAUACACAUGCAAUUUUACAUGCCAUUCAGAAUUUACUAAAUGCACAUCAGUUCACUGCACACUGGGCUGUGAAAUUAGAAUUCACAUGUCACUGCCAUUUAGGUUGUAAUAAUCUAUGUUAUUUGUAUAUAUUAUAUUGUCAACUUGUGAACAGUAAUUUUGUUUAUUUACCAUUUAAGUAUAAAAAUAAUUAUUUUUCUAAAUUUUUGACUGCAAUAAAAUUGUAUCGCUUAUUAUAUCAUUGGCUAUCUCUGUUGUAUUAUGUGCACUAUAUAUGCUUACAUUUGUAUAAAAAACAUUGUACAUGUAGUUGCUUUCAUUUGAGGUUUUUGUCAACGGCUUUAAAUUUUCCAGUUAGUUUUCAUCUUGUAAAUGCUAAAUUGUUUUGUAAUGAAAGUUUUUAUCUUAAAUAUAACUUUACAUUCCGGUAUAUGUUUUUUACUACAUUUAGAAAAAAAAGGUGCCUUAAAUGUAUAAAAUAUGAUAUUGUGAUAUUUGAUUUAACAUGUUUAUCAGAUUGUUUGUAUAGCAAUAUAUUACAUGAACAUUUAAAAGACAAGUUAAAUAAUUGGAAUUUCUCUAGCACAUUUACUAUACAAUUUUUCUUACUACUAUUUUCUAUAUUUCCAAAAGAUUUGAAUUUAACAUCACAUAUGAUUAAAAUGAUGUAUUAUCAAAAGUGUAACUUUUUUCAUAUACUCUUUAUCUAAUUCCUAAUUAUAUAUUUAUAUUUUUGUUUUUGAUGUCAGACGUUUAUGUAAGUAAAACUAUUUUUAUGUUCAGAUUUUCCUUUUUUGAGAUAUACUAUUUGAAUAAAGUUGACUAUAUCUGAUAAUAUUCUUUUAACAGUAUUUAACUUGAUUGUUUGCUACAAUUCAUUUCUGGAUGACUAACAAUGUCCUAUAGUGAGUUAAGGUUCUUGCCCUGCUGAGGUCAUAACAAUGUUCCUUUAUGACACAAAUACUGGUUAGUUCCAGGAAGAGGACACAUUAUUGGCUUCAUGCAAUUAUCGCUUGAAUAAAUAUGUUUAAGCUAUCAUUACUUCUUGAUUGGUAAUAUGCAAAAAUUGAACAUUAUGGUGAUUGGUAUAUUGCCUGUUCUUUCCAUGCAUUAAAUUUAUAGCCGUCAUAUUUUAUAUAGGCAUGAAAAAUUUUGAGGUAUCAGGACUUCACUGAAUUUACUGACAAAAUUUAGAGAUGUCUACAUUUUACAAGUGAAUUUCAAAAUGCAUAACAAAAUGAAAUGGUUAAGCUUUAACAGAUUAUAGCAAAUUUAUCCGGUGUAAUUAUCAAGGGACAACUGCUAAUUAUAACAAGUCAGUCAAUGAAAGUAGCCAUAAUGAAACUAAUUCAUCAAGUGUAUGUGACAUCUGAAUGAAUACGGUUAAAAUAUAUUCUCACACAAAAAAAGGCGUAUGAAGGCUAUUACAAAAUGCCACUGUAUAAUUAUCUUCAGUCUAUUCAGUCAAGUUAAUUGGCAAUUAACAUAUCGGCCAUAAUAGAUGUGAAAAAUAUAUCAAGAUCAAAGAUGUCAAACUAUACAAAGGUCUUCAACUUAUCUAUGGUAAAAUGCUAUUAUUUUAUACAGACAACAUAAAAAUUGAAGAACCUCAAUUUGAUAACUUUCAUCAAAAAGAUAGGAGUAGAAGGGUAUCAAACUUCAAACCCUGUUGCACGAUUUAUUUCAUUUUAUAGCCAUAUUUCUGAUAUUGACCAAAUCUCAUCUGCUCGGACUACUAUGCAUUAUCAUGAUAUUUGUGAUCUACUUUUCAAAUUGAUAGGGAGCUCAUUGGAUAAGUAUUGCAGGGGUCGCUGGUGUGGUACUCUGGAGAGGUGUAAUUUCUACAAGACAACUGAUGGUCAGUCAUCUCAAAUUGUUGUUUGAGAAACCACGUGAGAAAAGUGGUGGAUCACUUGCGGAGAUAUUGAUAAUAACUGUUGAGUUUUGCGGGAAAGCUGGUUAGGUGGAUCAACUGCCGAGAUAUAACCAAAAGGGUGUUGAUAUUGACAUACAAAAAAGGAAUUGAAAAAAAAAACAAACAAAAAACACAUUGUUGGGAUGAGUUAUUAAUAUUUGUAAGAUAAUAUAUGUACGAGUUGAGUGGACUUAUUGAACUUAUGUGCAAUAUAUGACCCGUUUUGUGUCGUACCACUGAAAAAUCUUGCUUAUUGUAUGUCACCAUUUUUCAUUCAUCACUUUUUUUUUUUUACAAUUCAUUCCCAUAAAAUACAUACGUUAAAAAAAAAAAAAAAAACAA